UUUCAACGUUGGUUUAGUCAGCCAGUCAUCCGCGGGUCUAUACCCCGACAGGUCGCUUUUAUCACUCCGCUUGUCCACAUUCAGUCACCACUCCCGCUAUAACAAGUUUUUCAUUCACGUACGCUCAACCUUUUCCGAAGAAGAUUAUCCAGUUUAUCAAAUUGUGUUCCAUGCUCAUUUUACUGGUCUAUAAAGACUAUCGUCAAGUCUGACAAAUGUGUAUCCAUUAACUCCACCGUUACGUUUGCUUUGAUGGGAGAAAAUUUGUUUAGUGAAACUGAAUCAGUGCCAACGUGCUCCACAUCCAAAUUUCAAUCUCAAAUGUCCGAUAAUUCGCAUGAAUUGCUAGUUAUGUGUGGAUUUAAUUGUGAAGUACACAAGGUUAAUUGAAUUUCUUCGGAGAAUUUUCAAUCGUCCAUUGCCGAGCCACAUGUUUUGUGGAGAACUUCCGUAGUCCCCUGUGCUUUUCAUCUCAAGAAGGUCAUACAGCUUUUUGAUUGUGCUUUUCAUUGAAAGAAGACAGGGGACCCAUUGUGACUCUCAGCCUCAGUAGUUGCUGAGAAGUAUAGAAUGGCCUCCUCAAUUACUCAACUAGCUCUUGCUCAGAUUUUUCUGGCACUUUGCAUAAAUGGUAGCGUUGAGCCAUGGAAGAAGAGUGAAAAAACGGGUGAACGAGGUACUGAGGUUCUACUGCCGUGUGUCCUUAAGAGCCCGAAUUGCGGCGGUCUCCACAGCAUUAAGUGGUAUCGAGGUACUCAGAGAAUCUUUAUAUUCAGUGAAGGUGGGGUCAUCUCCCGUGGCAACAAUGACAUUGCUGGCAGGGCAUCAAUGGAGUACGACGCAAAUAUAACGCAAACUUUCCUCAAAAUCGAGAAUGUCAAGGUGGAGGAUGAAGGUUUGUACAAAUGCGAGGCGACUUAUCUAGCGAUCAAUCGUGAGUGCAACAAUGUACAGCAUAUUACCUUCAAUGUUACUGUGAGGCCAAAAUUUGUAAGAGUCAUUGAGAAGGCCAAGAAGGAAGAGAAUUUAACGUCUGGUGUAAUUCUUGGACCGAUUAACGAGGGAACGAUGAUAACACUGAUUUGUGAGAGCGACGAGGGAAAGCCAGUACCUCUAGUCGAGUGGUACAAAGAUGAUCAACGAGUAACGGCUACUGGCUCAACGGAUAUCCACGAGGAUGGAAUUGGUGCAGGAAGUAGUGUGCUGCAACUGCAGGUUAGCCGUAGCGAAUUAGGCGCGACUUUUGUCUGUCGAGUCAGCAGUCGAGCUUUGGCUGAGCCCCUCACCGUCAACAUCGGACUUGACGUGCACGUUAAACCACUGAAAAUGGACGUUACGGGUGUGGUUGGUCAUGUGGUUAGUGGUACAAAGAUCUUACUAGAGUGCAAAGUGAGUGCAGCUAGACCAGCGGCCAACGUUACCUGGCAAAAUGGCACUGAAAUUCUCUCAGAUAACAACGAACGAGCUGAUGUAUUUGAAACCAAAACUAUUGACAAUAGCGAUAGUACAUUCGAAACGAGCAGUUACAUAGGUUUUACAACUUCCGAAUACGACAAUGGUCAGACUUUCAGCUGUCACGCGGAAAAUUCUGUGACAAGGACAGAAGGUGUUAACCCAAUGAAAGAAGCCAUUACAAUGGAGAUACUAUAUCCACCUAUCGUAUCUAUGCACCCAAAGAACAUAACUGUUAACGAAACUGAAGAUGUUGUUAUGAUCUGUGAUUACGAUGCAAAUCCAGCAACCCUCACGUCUGUAAAGUGGUAUCGGGAAGGACAAGAGUUGGAGCUGAGUUCAGAUCAUUACGAGGGUGGUAGUACAGACCAGCCGUCACUAACCGUGAAAAAUUCAAAUUCGACUGACAUGGGCACGUACAAGUGUAUACUCACUAACAGCGUAGGCAACUCAUCCAAUGACAGCUCCAUAGACGUUUCGAUACUGUAUACACCAAGUGUUCAAGUAGUCGUCGACCCUGAAGCACCGGUGAAUGAAGCUGAACGUUUGAAUGUGUCACUGACAUGUGACGUUACUGACGGUAAUCCUAUGAGUUUGAAUGCCGUGCGGUGGUACUUAGAUGGUGAUUUGCUCAAGGAGUUGCCGGACUGUGCUCGAAACUCAACAGUUGCCGCUGCAGAUGAUACUUCAACAUUUUGUGACAUAGAUCCAAGCAAAUUGCUUCUCGAGGCAGUUGGAAGAUCCUUUCAUGGAAAUUAUUCCUGCGAGGGUAGAAAUGACGCUGGAUGGGGGCCAAUAUCAUCGAGAACCCCAGUAACUGUUUACUAUAAACCAGGACCAGCCACAAUAUCGUAUGAACCAACGAGAGUGGUAAAAGGCAGUCCACUCAAUAUUACCUGCGCUGUUAUCGACUCUGGUCGACCGCACAUUACGGGAUAUAAAUGGAUACGUGGUCUUCAUAGACUGACUGACGAGGAAAAAUCCGUUUUGAGUAUAGAAUCUGUUAAUUUGAGAACCAAAGAUAAUUUUACAUGUAUGGCGUAUAACGAAGCGGGCGACGGGGAUUCAGCAAUAACAUUUAUUGAUGUCUCUGCUGCUCCUGCCUUUAUCCAUCCACUUCCACCCUAUCAUGGUUAUGUGUACAAUGCUACAAAUGUCAGUAUCGGUUGUCGCGUUGAGUGCUCACCUAUCUGCAACGUAUCGUGGUCUAAGAACAAUAAACCGAUCGACUUCAGUGCCAAUAAUAGUUUGUAUUACGUGACGAAUGUGUACCAUCCGGCUGACAAAGGUACCAGCGAUUUUGAGAGCAUACAGUCCAAUCUCACAUGGAAUUUAUCAGCGUGGCCGAAUGGCCAGCUCGAUCGUCACGAGGACAAUGAUAACUUUACUUGCGAAAGUAAUGGCAAUGGGAUUGGACCUGGUGUUAAAAGUACAACAUAUUUUCAAGUUGAAUUUCCGCCGGAAGGUAUGGCAGUGUCCACUCCAAAUAUUAUUGUAAUUGAAAACACUAUCCCAGACAGCGUAACAUGUAGUGCUGUCGCACAUCCAGAGCCAACAUUUCGAUGGUAUCGCGAAGGCUCACCAGAUAUCACUGCAUCGUCCAGUGCUGUGCUGGAUAUCAAAGAAAGAAUACCAAGACGAAGUAAUGGAACGUAUAUAUGCGAGGCUAUUAAUCGCCAUGGUCCAGCAAGAAUUUCCGUUCGUCUAGAUGUUCUAUAUAAACCCGAUUGUCAGAUCAAUAGAGAGAGGAUAAACGGAGAGGAUUAUCUGGUAUGCUCAGCCGUAGCAAAUCCAAAAGAGUGCACCUUCAGCUGGUCUUUGAAGAGCGACAACGACUCUAUCGAUCAAAUGGCUCAAAUGCGGGACGGCAAGAGUUAUCUCCUCUUGGAUACAACCAUCACUAAUUAUCGGACUUAUAUAUGCACUGCAAAUAAUACUAUUGACUUCUCCAGUCCCUGUGAGCUUGGGGUACCAGGCAGUAUUCCUUGGUGGUUUCAUCUAGAGGGGGAUUUAUUAAUUAUCGUCAUCAUCGUUGCCAUGGUGAUACUGAUUGUUAUAAUUGUCUGCUCAAUAAUCAUCUAUCUAAUUUGCCGGAGGAGAAGAAUGCAGGCUAAAUAUCCUGGUCAGGGGGUGAACAAUAAUCGCGUUGACAGUGUUUCGGAGGGCCUGCCGGAUUCUGAGACGAAAACCUUUUAUGAGAAUCUGCCCUUCCAUGGUAUUCAGACACCACAGAAUAAGCCCUUCAAACCAGAGUUCUCCGAUCUGGAUUAUGCCGACGUCGACUACAGAUCGUAUGGACCUAUAAACUAUAAAGCUGCCAGUAUUGCUCUACUGCAGACGCGAAAACAACCGCAACAGCAGCCACUCGAAAGACGACCGCAGAUGUACGGGACACAAGACGACAAUGAGGAAUUACUCUGAAUAUGCACACAGUCAUAAUUUUGAACAGUGAAGUGAACGGAUUAUUCGAAUUGAAUUAUUAGAAUUUCAUGAAAAAAACAGCAUAAUCGAUACCUUUGAAAGAAUGAGUACAAUUGCCCGUCAACUACAAUGCGCUCAUGCCCACUGCUGCGGAUUAUCCAGAUGAAAAAAGUGUCUCUUUAAAUUUAUACUUGCCAUUACGAAUAACCAAAUUAAAAAAGACAAAUGUUUUUAGAGAAAAAUGUAUAAAUAUAUAUAUAUAUAUAUUUAUAUAUAUAUAUACUUUUUUAUACGUUGAGUGUGUGCAGGGAACAAAUUUGAUAACUGCGUAUAUUCGCGAGGCAGUAUAUAGGUCUAUGGAGGGAUAGAUAUCCCUUGACACCUAUGGAAUUAUCUUGAGUACAGAGUACGUCCCUAAUAUUAGAGAGCUAAUGCAGGCCGAGACGUGAACAAUUCUAAUAGUUCACUACCAAACAUUCAUCAUAUAUAUACAGAAAAUAUUUCACAUCAUACGCGGAAUUUUCAACUUUCACUUAAUGGACAAUAUAUGUUGUAAUAUCAAUCUAUGUUGCCACGUUCCUGUUCCGCUGUGAAUUCUAUCAUUCAAACUGUAUAAUUAGAUGCCCCACUGUUGUAAAUGAUAGUCUACUUAAUUAAUACCAAACGAACACAAAAAAAAAUAUUUUUUAGACAUCUAUAUUGGUGGAUGAAGCAUUAGGAAGAAUUAAAUUACGAUAUUAAUUUGCGGGUUAGUCUAAUCAGAACUACUAGCUGAUAUCUCAUUUUUUCCUUGAAUUUUUCACUGAAUAAUUCAUAUACAAUCGGCCAUGGCCUUUUAGUCCACUUAAAAUGCACUUGGUGUACCAGAGCUACACGUUCAAUAGUGUAAACAGUGUAAUUGAUCAACCGAUGUAAAAUGUUUUGUACAGUUAAAUUAUAAGCACUAUUCGAAAAACGGAAGUAAUAUUGAAUAAUAUGCCAAUUAGUCAUCUCUACCGUCCAGCAAAAGCAUGAAUGAAGGAAUAAAGAAUUUUUUAUUUGGCAAAAAAUAAGUCUAGCCAAAUUGGAACAUUUUUAAAAUGUAUUCAAGUCUUUAUUGAAUCUCGGGUGCUUUUAAUUUUUGAUUGCGGUUCACAUCGAAUACCUGUCCAUUCUCAUUCAAACAAGGUCAUUCAAUUGAAGCUGUCUAUUAUUGAAAAUCCUUGAAUUCAAUUGAAAUCAGUCUUUUUCAUCAGGUUCAUUAUGAAACUAACAUCUCCCUGUCAAAGUCAUUCUGCAAAAGUAAUUCUGUUCCUCAAAUCCGAAUGGUUCUGUAUGUCAUGUCUUAUCAUACGAUCGACAAUGUUAAAUUUUCCGAUAACACUACACAUGCCUCAUAUAUGCGGUACUGCAUAUUGGAGAUUCACUCUAUUUAAAACGGUGGAAAGAAUGUAGUUUAUAGCAGGAGGCCCACAAAAAAUACAUUUUUUGGUUUUGCAUGAUAAGUUGUGUAAACUCCAUGAUAUUAAAAUAAUUUAUGACUACUUCGGGCUUCAAUUCCAAAUAUAAAGAUGGAGUUUCCUUUUCCCUCUUUAACGCGUCGGAACGAAUUUUAAACCGUCCAACUAAUUUCGUUAUUUGUGGAAGCUGGUCAUAUACUACCAGUUUUCAGGUAAUUAAUAGCGGAAGAUCCAGGUGUCAUUAAUGGAUUGCAAUUCACUUUUGAGAUUAUAUGAAUCCAUGCACUGUAGCCUGAUAUAACAUCAUCUUAUGUGGAAGUUCGAGAUUUGCACAGAAAAUAUUUUCGGUUUUAUUUCACUUUCAAGAUCAAAUUGAUUUACAAAUAAGGAUUGAGACAACGACAGUCUGUACGAACAAAUUAAAAAUAGGAUCAUUAAGAAUAGUACACUAAAGCUUUUUGUUUUUGUUUUUUCGUUUAUUUCGGAAGCUUUAGCAUGAGUUUAAGGCGAGUCCUAUAAAAUACUUUUCCGCAUAUACCGGAAGGAACGAAAUUACUACCUGAAAUUUUCUAUGAAUAUUCAAUGGAUAAAAUACGGAUAUCACAUAUUUUCGAUUUUUCCAUUUGGUAUGUUCGUUCAAUACUUGCAUUUAUGAAAACCCAUACCACCAACAAAGAGUCGUACACAAAAUACUAACGAAUUCCCACUUUUGUCGAAUUCCCUCCAAACGGUCACAUAGUCAUUAAGGCGAAAACCCUCAAGAACAAAUUGUAAACAUGCUGAAGAAUCGCUACUAUCGGAAAAAAAUCAAAUGAGGGUUUAGGAAAUUUAAUAAAAUCCCUCUAAUCAGAUUUUCAUUCACUACAUAAAUUGGAAACUAUACACUACCUCUAUUGAUUUUAUUCAUCCCUUCAUCUACAUUGUCGUAUAUUCUGGUAUUUAAUAUUAGUUAUACCACAAACUAACUGGUAAACGAGGUAUUCGAUGUAUUGUAAAUAAAAAACAUUUGAUGCUUCCCUCCACGUCGCUGUGCUUCAACUUUGUGCCAAUAUUAUAUUAAUACUCAUUCAAUAUUUAAUUUAUACAUCAUCGAUACAAUGAAACAAAAAUCAAUAUUAGUCAAUAGAAUAAUCUCCAAUUGCUGAUAAUCGCACGUACACCACAGAGUUAAUUAAGGAAUCAUAUUCAAUGAUAAUUUAUUGUUUCAUUGUGAUACAAAUAUUUGUAUAAAUAUUUAUAUAAUGUUACUACCCAGUGGGAGGCAUAUCAUAAAGAAUAGAAGGAAAGAUAUUCGCAGUUCCUCGACGAUCGUACCAAAGAUUCAUAACUCCGACGUCAUUAUGUAAUUAUCUAGCAUUCUAUGAAAGCUGACUCACAAUUUGUUCUUCCUUAAUUUUCAUCAGAUAUAUGCAUUAUUGGUAAUAAGUUGCACAGAAUUUGGAAGUCAGGUUGUAGAUACAUGUAAAAUUGUAUUUAAAACGAUGGAAAGUAUCUCCAAUGUAUUAUAUGUCCUAUUGAAGCCAUAUAUAUUCUAUUAUCGCGAAUAUCGCACUGUGUUAUGAGAUUAAUAAUAUUAAAA